GGACUGCGAAGAUGAGCAGUGUAUAUCCUUGUAGCUUUGUGAUCAGUGACCAUGUUUCUACUGCCAGCAGUUUAGAUGAAUGUUCUUUUGGAGGUAAGCGUUAUCGCGGAUCUUGGAAAGGAGCGUCAGUCGACGUUCUAGACGUAUUUGACCUCGUGGAAAAUCACGAAGAAUUUCUGGCACUAUUUUUACAAGUAAUGGAAGAGAUGAUUACUAUUCGACAUCCUAACGUAGCCCAGGUGUAUGGAGUAGGUUUGGGCGGCGAGCUACGUCUAACAAUAGUUAGUGAAAUCUUGUUUGUGACUUUGAAGGAUCGCCUCGGAAGUGAAAGCCCUAUGACACGCUGUAAUCGUGUAGAUGUCCUUUACGGUGUGCUGAAUGGCUUAAAAUUUCUUCACGAGAGUACACCGCCCGUUAUACAUGGAUUGCUAACUGCAGACAGUGUUUGGAUGUCACGUGAUGUUUGUCAGGUAAAAAUAACUCACAUCUGCAUGGCAAGAUUGCUAGUAGAGAAAGGUCGACCUUCUUGCUUUCUGUCUGCACAACACUACCUUGCUCCAGAGGUAGUAGAAAAUUGCUCAAGUUUGUCAACAUCUGCUGAUGUAUAUAGUUACGGAGUAUUGGUACUGGAAACUGUAACAGGUGAACCUAACCAUUCGUUUUUCUCAGCGGCUGAAGAAAGUAUGUGUUUUCGUCGUGAACAAUCUCUUUUGUCUGUUGUAAGCGAAUGUCUACGUUCAGCAAGUGAAAGACCUACUGCCCAAGAAAUUAUGAACAUUUGUUUUCAAAGUGCUGGCACAAAUGCUAUAACUAGAGAAGACCUAGUUCAUUGCACUUGUCUUGAUGAAGAAACUUUAGAGUCUACGGAGCCUCUAAACGGUUUCCAACGGUUGCAAAUAGAAAGCGAGAUUCUGGAAGAGACACGACUGUCUGAUGAAACAACGCGUAUGGACAUUGUCGCAUCUAGUCGUCUGAGUACAUCGUCCUUACAAGAUGAGGAAAGUCGUGUAGUGCAAUCACUGCAAGACACAAGCAGAUUUAACAGACUGAGAGAAAUAUCAGAGCGAUACCUCUCGAUCACUAACGGAGGUUCUAGUUUACUUAAUGUUGGCUGUAUUCCAGAAUGGCACUAUAGACAUGACUUUCCUCAUCCUGGUGAAACAGUGAUGGCUGUGAUUGACGGGAAAAUCUUGACUGGCCACAGAGCUCGAAACGAAAUGUACAUAACAGACUGCGCUAGUGGGGAACUGCUUCAAACUGCUAUAUUUCCUUAUAGUGAUGAUGUUACAUGGCAACUCAGCGUCCAUACCUACUCAUUAACUGAUGACAAAUGGACACUAGUAUGUGAGAGACCUCCUAAUAUUAUUGAACUGGCUGCAAUUGCCUUUACGGUAGUAGGAGACAGAAUAUUUCUCGCAGGAGGCUACAACAGAAGAUUUGAGAAGGUAGCCAAUGUCUACAUGUUUAACACAACUACUAGAGAAUGGCUACAGUUGCCUAGUAUGCCUACCGCAAGGUGUAGCUGUUCUAGCUUCAUAUACCACGGCUGCAUUUGCUACGCAGCUGGAGGCGGAAAUGAAAGAGUAAGAAGCAAAUCUCUUGAACUUAUGUCUUUAGAUAACUAUGAAUGGACGUCGUUGCCCUCAACUACGACAGCUGCAGGAGCUGUGACGACUAUUCAUGACACUCUAGUCGCUACAGGAGGUAUAGAUGAUUCAGGAACGGUAUCACGACGAGUCGAGUUCUGGGACUAUCAUAAAAAGUUAUGGAUGCCAUUACCAAAGCUUUCACAGGGCCGAUUCGAUCACGGGAUGGCAGUCGACGUCGAUGGAGAUCAUUCGCGCAUUAUUGUAACUGGCGGCUACGAUAAAAAUCGUCAUAAAACAAGAACAGUAGAAGUCAUUGAAUUUUAAAUAUUAUACCAACAAAUUUUUUUCUAACUUCAAUUAAUUUAUUAAAGCUGUUUCUUAAUGCAGUAAUUGAUAUUUAGCUAGCCUCUAUACUUAGGGGCACCAAUUGUUUACACACAAUAACAGUAUUUUACCACACGUGGUUUGUUUAGCUAGUUGGGAUUUAAUCUGAUUAACAGGUUUUUCCAGCUGUAC